UCGGCCACGCAGAGCUCAGUGUUCACACAGAGAAGUGACAGAUACUAUCUGAGCACAGCUGUCACGGCACCACCCUCUCACAUCAUGCCUGGACUCGUUUAUUUGGUUACUGGAGGUUGUGGCUUCCUCGGAAGGCAUCUGUUGGGAGUUCUGCUGGAUAAGGAGGACAAUCUGGCGGAGGUCCGGGUGUUUGACAAACACGUCGACUCAAGUUUAAAUGGACAAAGCACCGAGCGGACAAAGGUGGUUGUCAUUCAGGGAGACAUCACGGACUACAGCAGCGUGUUGGAGGCCUCUCGGGGGGCAGAUGUCGUUAUCCACACAGCCAGCAUUGUGGAUGUUUGGCACAGAAUCCCAGAGACCCUCAUCGUCUCUGUCAAUGUUACAGGAACAGAGAAUGUAAUUAAAGCCUGUGUGGAGUGUGGCAUCCAGUGCCUGGUGUACACCAGCAGCAUGGAAGUGAUCGGCCCCAACGUCAACAGAGAGAACUUUAUCAGGGGCAAUGAAGACACACCCUACCAAGUGAAGCAUACUAUGGCGUAUCCUAAGAGCAAGGCAAAGGCAGAGAAAAUCGUGCUUGAAGCUAAUGGCAUCAAGGUAAAUGGUGGAAAGAGUUUACACACAUGUUCCCUGAGGCCAACAGGGAUCUAUGGCGAGGGGCACCAGCUAAUAAAGGAUUUCUACAAGAUGGCUGCAGAAAGGGGAGGCUUAAUCAUCGGGGGUGUCCCAGAGGACUCUGAACAUGGACGAGUCUAUGCAGGCAACGUGGCCUGGAUGCAUUUGCUUGCGGCCAAAGCCCUGAAGGAGCAGCCGCAGACAGUUGGAGGUGAAGCUUUCUACUGCUACGAUGACUCACCCUACAAGAGCUACGAGGAUUUCAACAUGCUGUUCCUCUCCAAAUUUAACUUCCACAGGGUUCGCAUGCCCUUACUGGUGCUCUGGUGCCUGGCUAUGCUUAAUGACAUGCUCCGCUGGACACUGAGCCCGUUGUACAACUACACGCCAUUGCUGAACCGUUACACCUUGGCCGUGGCUUGUACCUCCUUCACUAUCUGCACAGACAAAGCCCAGCGCCACUUCCAGUACAGCCCUCUGUACGACUGGGAACAAUGUCGAGCCCGCACACAGAAGUGGGUUGACACAUUCUCUCUGGAUAAAAUCAAAGACGCCUAGUGUGACCACAACUACUGCCACAAUAAUCAGAAGCUGCUACGUAGACAUGCAGAACUCCAGAUAUACAGUGUAAAGGAGUAACCUGCUAUUAAAUGACAAUACAAGCAAACUAUGUUUACAAUAUAAAAAGAAAAUGGCAUUGUUAUUUGUGUGCAAGUCUAGUAUUCUUAGCUUAGCUAUAAGCUUGUUAGGAAUGUGCUGUAGAAUAGAUAUUUAACAUAUCUACAUCAGAGAUCAUCAUUAGACCUGUAUUUCAGUAAUAUAUUAUUAAUGCCAAUAUUUUAUAUUUCAUAAUUUAAAAGAAAAAUAUAUAAUGACAAUGUUGUUGAAACACAAUUCGAUAAUUAUGUUUUGUAUAAUUGUUAAUAAAAUGUAUUUAAUAUA